AAAUAUUUUUCUUGGGCCGACUUGUUGCGACCAUCUCUGGCCCCGCCGCCAACCAGCCGCCUAGUAACCAGAGCAGUUCACCCCGUUUUAAAACAACCGAGAUAAUGGCGGGCGCUCAGAAGUCUCGUCCCCAAAUAGACGAUGACGGGUUCGUGCGCACGAUCUCCGAUGACGAGGAGGUCGAGUACCCGGAGGAGGAGGCCGAGUCCCCCCCUCCGCGCAAGAAAGCCAAGCUCGCCGGCUCGAGCAGCAGAGGGAAACGUGCGCCUGAAACCGCCAGCGACAGCGCCGACGACGGCGUUUUCGACCCCAACUUCGAAAUCGACCUGGACGGGGACAACGUCCGCGACUUUGACGAGGCCGAUCUCAAGGAAUUUCACAGCGAGCAGAACGGCGUAGAUGCCUCUGCCGGUGAGAACAAGAGUGCGGGUGUCGACUUGGACAAGAUCAUCCGCCGGAGAAAGGAAGGGAAAGCCGGCGGGACGGCGAGCUCAGAGGUGGUUGGGGAACCCAUUGACAAAAUGGAGGCGGACGUGGAUUUGGACGAGGAGGUGCUAGCGGAGGAUGGGUUCGGCAUGGGAGCUGGGUCAGAUGUGGAGGAGGACGGCGGGAGCGGGGAAGACGAAGAGGAGCAGUCUGCGUCCGACGAUGACUCGGUUGCGACGCCAGUGCCGCACCCUGAUGACGUGGAGUCGUCGGAGGACGACGAGGAGGAGGACGCAGAGGAGGAGGCCAAACGAAAAGAGUUCUUUGCCGCUCCCGAGGAAACAGAAAAGCCCGCCAAGAAGGGCAAGCUGUCCUCGUUCCUGGAUCUGCCGCUGUCGCGGCCGCUCCUCCGGGCCCUCACUUCCGUCGGCUUCGACGAACCGACGCCGAUCCAGGCCAAGACGAUUCCCAUCGCGCUUAUGGGCAAAGACGUGGUUGGCGGGGCUGUCACGGGCUCUGGAAAGACGGCGGCGUUCAUGGUCCCCAUCCUCGAACGCCUACUACAUCGACCGAACAAGGUCCCGACAACGAGAGUCGUCAUCCUCACUCCUACCCGUGAAUUGGCGAUGCAGUGUCACGCAGUUGCAACGAAGCUGGCGAGGUUCACCGACAUCAAGUUCUGCCUAGCCGCUGGCGGUCUAAGUCGCAAGGUGCAGGAGGCAGAGCUGCGUCUCAGACCCGACGUGGUCAUCGCGACACCCGGCCGUUUCAUCGACCACAUGCGGAACUCAGCCAGCUUUGCGGUCGACAGGGUGGAGAUUCUCGUACUUGACGAAGCCGACAGGAUGCUCGAGGACGGUUUCGCCGACGAGCUGAACGAGAUUCUCACAACACUGCCGAAGUCACGGCAGACUAUGCUCUUCUCUGCCACCAUGACGUCCUCGGUCGACAACCUGAUUCGCGUUGGCCUCAACAAGCCGGUCCGGAUCAUGGUCGAUUCCCAGAAGGCGACGGCUGGCACACUAACCCAGGAGUUUGUGCGGCUACGGCCGGGGCGCGAGGAGAAGCGCAUGGGAUACCUGGUGCACAUCUGCAAGACCCUCUACACGAAGCGCGUCAUCAUCUUCUUUCGGCAGAAGAAGGUUGCCCACCGGGCUCGGAUCAUUUUCGGUCUGCUCGGGCUGUCGUGUGCAGAACUGCACGGUAGCAUGAGCCAGACUCAGCGUAUUGGGAGCGUCGAAGACUUCCGAGACGGCAAGGUGGACUACCUGCUGGCAACGGAUCUCGCGUCUCGCGGUCUCGAUAUCAAGAGAGUCGACACCGUCAUCAACUACGAAGCACCUCAAAACCUGGAGAUCUAUGUCCACCGUGUUGGCCGUACGGCACGCGCGGGCCGCAGCGGUGUCGCCAUCACGCUGGCCGCAGAGCCCGACCGCAAGGUGGUGAAGGCAGCGGUCAAGGCCGGCAAGGCGCAAGGCUCGAAGAUCGUCAGCCGAGUGAUUGACCCGGGCGAUGCGGACAAAUGGCAGGCUCAGGUGGACGAGAUGGAGGAGGACAUCGAGGCGGUUCUGCGCGAAGAGGAAGAGGAGAGGCAGCUCGCCCACGUCGAGAUGCAGGUCAAGAAGGGCGAGAACCUGAUCAAGCACGAGGAAGAGAUCCAUUCGCGGCCGAAGCGGACGUGGUUUGAGACAGAGAAGGAGAAGAAGAAGGCAAAGGAGGCCGGGCUGGCUCAGCUCAACGGCAUCAGAAACGCGAUGAAGGAGAAGGGCAAGGGUAAGCUCAGCAAUAAGGACAAGAAGAAGCUCGAUGCCAAGGCGGAUAGGAUGGAGGGCCGGCUGUGGAAGAAAGGCCGGGCGGAGCGAGAAGGGAAAGGCGCUGUGUUGAACCUCAAGAAGAUCAGGAAGCGGACACCGAAGAGUCGUGCGGGCGGGAAGAAGAGGAAAUGAGGUCUUGUGGGUCUUCCCGGAGCCAUGUAUUGAUGUUGCGCCCUCUGCGAGCGUUCACGCUUGACGUGCUGUACCCGAUGGGAGGUAGCUAAGUCGACGACUUGUAUAUACAUACAGUACUUGCAUUGUUGCUACCCAUUGGACCUCGAAAUCAAUAUAGAGCAAGUCGAGGAAGCUGGUUAAUUGCAGGUGGGGGCUAUAAGCAUGCUAGCAUGCCCAAGUCAGUGACCGCGGCCACGCUCUUGGCUAAGAGCGUUACACAGCACUUUGGAGAUGCGAUUGUAAUCGUUUCCUCUACUGUCUACAGACGUUGUUUCAUCAGUUCAUCGAAGGUGAGACCCCAGAUGAUCAGUGACAGGCCUUUGGGCGGAGCUCUCAGUUCAAAGUUGUGAA